UAUGCAAUUAUACGAAGAACAUCUGAAGUCUUUUAAUGUAAGUCUUUCCUUUCAAAGACUUCUAUAAGAUAAAAUAGGCAGUGAAGAAAUAGUCCUCACAACAAUAUGCCAAUUUUCAAAGCUUCCUGUAACAAUUCCUAUUAGACAUUCUCCUAUCAGCUAUGUUCACUGUAUUUUCGAUUUAGAAGCCUGGAUGGAGCAUUUCAAAAAUAUGCAAAAUAAAGUUGAACCCACGUAAUGAAAUUUUAUAUUAAUAGUGGGUUUGCUUGUCCAGGAUGCAGGAGAUACACAAAUUUUAAGGAUUAUGGAGUAGAUUAUACAUUCUAUCAUGUGUUAGAAGAAUUAAGACAAUUCAAAUAGAAGAAUUCGCAUCUCUAAUUAAAUGAAUAAUAAUUGAUCUAUUAGCCAGGCAAAAAUACUUACCUUAUUGAAACAAAAGUUAACAAUAAGUUGUCUUCUUCCUUGAAAAAUAAAAUAAAGUUAGUACCUCAAAGAUAUCAAUUACCAGGUUCAGUUCCAAUAUUAGGUGUGUCUAGAAGAUAAAAGUAAAUAAACAAAGAACAUUAAAAUGAUGAUCAAAGAAGAAUACUCGAUGAAAUAAGUUAAACCAUUGUCAAAUUACAAUAACUUUUAUUCAGUAAACUCUAUAAGGUAUUCAAAAAGAGUCAAAACCUCUCUUUUAUAGCCUUAUAAGACAAAGUUGCAGAACAUAAGCAAAAAUUUAAAUAAGCUCUAACUCAAUCUUUAAAAUUAAUCUCUUUAGGAAAAUAAUCACUUAGUGAUGAUUAUGUAUUUGCUUUAAAAAAGAUCUAUACUAAUAACUAAAUCUAUUCGAUUGUAAUCAUUCAGAAUUAAUUAUUAGUUAAUUGUUUAUUUAGUCCAAUAUGGUAUAUGGUAUGAGUAUCCACUCACAUUCAAAGGCUAACCUUAUAUUCAAUUAGAACAGGCUUUAUAUAUUAAAGGAGAGUCUGAUCAAAAUUAGAAUGUUAUUUAUGUUAUUGGUGGACAAAAGGCAGAAAGAUUCACUCAAUCUAACUAGUGUUUGUAGAUAACAUUUCCAAAAAACCCAUUUUAAAAAAUUGAAGAAGAUGCACUAAUUACAUAAUUACCUGAUUUUCCUGUAGAAGGAUAUAAUUUUAUGGGUACAAGUUAUAAAGGGUAUAUUAAUUAUGAUAAAAUUUAGAAAUCUUUAUGUUUUUUAUGGAUAGAAAUAAUUGAAAAACCAUGACAAUUAAAUUAAAUGUUAAUUAUUGAAUAGUCAAUAUGUUUUAAAAAAUACUACAUAUAAUAGAAAGUGGGAACAAAUGAAACAUAACUUGAUUGAAAGAUUUGAUGGUAGUUUCUUUACUAUUUCACAUUAAUAAUUUGAUAAGUUAAUUGUAUUCUUUGGUGGAGUAACUAAAGAUCCAGAUGGUUUACCUAACCAUAGAUGUUAAUAAUAAAAUUCAGGAUAGAUAUUUAUCUGCAAGGAUGAAAAAUUUUUGGGAGCUUAAAGAUAAGAUUUCACAAUUUCAUAUGCUGGAGAGGAAGCAUAUCAUAGAUCAGUUUUAGCUUCCCCAGUUUUUAGUUGUCCUUAUUAUGGAACAAAUCAAUUAAUUCUAUCUGGAGAAUGCUUAAAAUUUAAAAAUACUGAAUAAAGAGAAAUUUAUUCAUUUGAUUGGGCAAAUGCUGUAAUUUAAUAAAAUGAAUUAUUCUCAUUGGAACCUCCUGAAUAAAUAUUUACUCCCUAUAGAAGAAGAACUGUAGGUUUUGAAAUAUUUUCUCCAGUUUAAGAUCCUUAGGGAGCAAUAUCUUAUGGAUAUUUUUAUGCUAUUCAUUAAUAUGAAGUUGAACAAAAUUUGAAUGAUUAAAAACCCAAAAUUAUGACUUAAUUGUUGAAAAUCAAUUUGACAAAUGGACUAUGUAUAUUUUGUAUUAUAAAUAUAGUUUUCACAUUACCAUAUCAAGACUCCUCAACUUCAAGACAAUUGGCUCUAUAAAAUUUACAAAAAUUAGGUGACAGACCCAAUUAAUAUCUUUGAG